CUCGGUCUGCCCAUGCUGCGAGAAACAAAAUGGCAGCUUGUGAUGCAGUUUGUGUUACUAUAAAAUGGAGUGGAAAAGAAUAUUCUAUCGACAAAUUAUCGCCGACAGACACGGUCGGAUAUCUAAAAGAGGUGAUUAAGGAAAAAACCGGAGUUUUACCCGAAAGACAGAAACUGUUAGGUUUGAAAUAUAAAGGGAAAAUUCCUGAUGAUGAUGUGCGCCUGAGCGCCUUAAAUUUGAAGUCUAACACAAAGAUUAUGAUGAUGGGAACAAGAGAAGAAAAAUUAGCUGAAGUGAUUUCUCCUUCUGAAGAGUUAUUGAACAAUCAAGUGAUAAAUGACUUUGACAUUGAGGAAGAAGAGAUCCAAAUAGAAAACAGAGAUGAGAAUCUUGCCAAAAUAGAUAAAAGAAUAUCAGACUAUAAAGUGGAAAUACGUAAUCCACCUAGAGCUGGAAAGAAGUUACUGGUACUUGAUGUUGAUUACACAAUAUUUGAUCACAGAUCAGUUGCAGAGACUGGUGUGGAACUUAUGAGACCAUAUCUUCAUGAUUUUCUCACUGCUGCCUAUGAGCAUUAUGACAUUGCUAUAUGGUCUGCCACCAGUAUGAAAUGGAUAGAGGCUAAAAUGAAAGAACUUGGUAUUUUUGACAAUCCAAAUUACAAGAUUUCCUUUCUUUUGGACAGUGGAGCAAUGAUUACUGUUCUGUCAACAAAAUAUGGGCUUAUUGAGACUAAGCCACUUGGUGUUAUAUGGGGAAAGUUUGAGGAAUACACAAGCAAAAACACCAUCAUGUUUGAUGAUCUCAGAAGAAACUUCCUCAUGAAUCCACAAAAUGGUUUGAAGAUCAGACCUUUUCGAGAAGCCCACAAAAAUAGACACAAAGACAGAGAACUGUUAAAAUUAACAAAGUACUUGAAGAAGAUUGCCAAACUAGAUGAUCUUAGUGAUUUAAACCACAAGCACUGGGAGAGCUACAAGCCAUGAUGAAUAAUUUUCAAUUUUGAUAUAAAUGAAGACAGUUGAUAUGAAGACAACUCCAGGAAGUCUAAAACAAGAAAAAAAAAUUCUGAUUAGCUUAAAGUUUUGUACAUAACUUUUACUUUGGAUGAAAGUUUUAAAAAUGGUGUUGUCUUUGUUCUCAACAAGCUUUGUAAUUGUACAUCAGCCACCGUAGGUAACUGGUGUUGUAAACUCCUCUGGAGGCUAACAUGUAGUUAUUUAUGCAUACCUUUUAUAGUCAACCUGAUGUUAAAUAUUGAUGGUUGUUGAUAUUAUUCCCAUCAGAGUUUAUUGGUCCAAAUAAUUCUCUCCAGAAUUUGUCAUCAGGUUUUAAAAGUAAUUGAGGCCUGGAGUUGAAAGCUCAAUUUUGCUUGUUACAUACAGGGUGUGUCUGUGGAGCUUUGCUCUCUUCAGAAAAUACAAUAACUGUCAAAUUUAUUAUUAUUAUUAUUCUAUUGUUAUUUAAUUGUUUUCUUAAAGUAAGCAAUUACUCCUAAGCCCUCUGUUUAUCAUAAGAAAUUACACAUACAUUAAUGAGUGAGUGGAAAAUAUCAUCAGGAAAAUGUCAUUCCCUACUACAUACUCUUGGUUACAUCCCUGCCUCUCUCUUGGUAACCCAAAAAAGAGGGACCAGUAUCAAGUGGUACUAGGGCACCAACAGUAAUGUUUUCAUCAAGUGCUGUAUGUGCACAAACCAUCUGUUAAAUAAUGCAAUUAAAAGACUACAAGGCAGUGGCCAAAGAUAGGUUCAAGAGAAGUAGCUACACUGAUUUGGUUCAGCAAUUGCCUGGUGACCACCAAGUUGAUAUGUUCCAAUCAAUGUAGCAGAGUGGGAAAGGGUAGUUGCCAUCAAAUGUUACAGAGAAGAAUUCCCACCUCUCACGUCCCCUUGAGAAAUUUUUUCUUUUUUAUUAAUAGCCGACCUCUGUGUGCAAGUGGAGAACUGUACUAUCACUUUUCCUUUUCUAAUAAAAUCCCACUCCUCCCAGUAA